UCUUUGGAAGAAGCCAUGGCCGAUACUAUUGCAAUGCUCAGCAGAUGGGCAAAGUCAAGGUUGUGGACUCUUUUAGAUCUUCCGGAGAGAGGCAAGGAGCCAUCUUUGGAUGGUUCUUCAUCUUCAUCUUCAUCAGUAGAACCUACACGACGUAGUGCUCUAGAUGACUUCCAGAGGAUAAUGCGAAUGAUGUCGAGGAUCGAAGCAGUGCUUGAAGAUGCAGAGGAAAGGGAGAUACAAGAUAGAUCUGUGAAGUUAUGGCUUUCAGAGCUCAGGCUCCUGGCUUAUGACAUUGAUGAUGUAAUCGAUGAGUAUGAGUAUGAUGCGUUGGCAAUCCAGAUGGAAGCCAGAGAUGUAGAAGAGUAUUAUCAUCGUGGAAAGAAUAAGCGAGGCGAAGAUGAACAUUAUGAUCAGGAUGAGCAGGUGGAAGGUCUUAAUAUAUUAACUUCAUCAUCUUCUCAAGUUCUCAUCCCAGUAGUUGGCAUGGGGGGUGUGGGGAAGACAACGCUCGCCCAACUCAUAUAUCAUGAUCUUAGAAUUCGUCAGUAUUUUGAUCUUUGUUUAUGGAUUUAUGUUUUUGAGGAUUUUGACCUUAUGAAAUUAACCAAAGAGAUAUACAGAUCUAUAACUGGCAAAUCAUCUGAGGAGAAUGUUGGAUUCGACUAUCUUCACAGUUCUAUAAAGAAAGAACUCAUGAAAUUUAAAAUAAUAUUUUUGGUGUUCGAUGAUGUGUGGAAUGAGAAGCAUUGUCUAUGGGAGUCCCUCCAAGUCCCCUUUCACAAUGCAGGCAUUGUGAAUAUUUUGUUGACAACACGAAAUAAAAAGGUUGCGGAUGUCAUGCAGACUAUGAACAUCUUUCAUUUAGGCUUUCUUUCUGAAGAGCAAGGUUGGCACUUGUUCCAGCAAUGUGCUUUAUGUGAUGAUGAGAAUCUAAUGAAGAUUGGCAAGAGAAUCGUAAAAAAAUGUGGUGGAUUGCCUUUGGCUAUAAAACUACUUGGAAGUCAUCUCAGAUUUGAAAGAGAUGAAGAUAAGUGGAUGAGCAUCUUAGAAAGCGAGCUUUGGGACUUGGAUGUUGGGACAAAAGAACAUUUUCCCGCUCUUAGAUUGAGUUAUCAAAGGAUGCCUAUUCAUUUGAAACCAUGCUUUAGACUCCCUUUAGAAGAAAAGCUUUCAAUCAUGCCUAGUGUUUUGGAGAUUGCUGAUUGCCCUGGAUUAGAAGAGUGGUGUCAAAGAUAUGGAUUCAAAAUUAUUCAGAGGAUCUAUGUCAUUGUUUCACUACAACAGAGAUUAUCUAAGCAGGAGGAGAUGACCAUAAGAUACGCCAGAGGGAUAAUAUCACGCUAUGGCUCAGAGAAUCUUAUCUCCUUGAAAACUUUACAUAUCUAUCAGUCUAAUGAAAGUGAUUUCCCCAAAGAUGAAUGGAUUCCAUGCAGUUUGCAUACCUUGCAUCUGUAUUCAUGUCAAAGUCUGAUCUUCUUUCCUCCAUACAAAAAUUUGUCUGCACUAAAGCUCUUGAAAAUAUGGCAUUGCACGGCUCUAACAUGUCUGCCUGGACUAGUGAUGAUGGAAUCCCUUGAAAAAUUAGUGAUAAUUGAUUGCCCUCAAUUCUCCCAAUCACCAGAUCACAGUUUGCCAUACAAGCUUCAGUUCUUGCACAUAAGCAACUGCCCCAGCCUCUUAUGCUUGCCUGGGCUGGAACAACUUUUCUCCCUUACAAAACUAAAGCUAUUUGAUUGUUUUGAGCUUGUUCUCCCACCACCUGAACAACUUCCCUUCAUGCUUCAUGUUCAGCUAGAACUUUCUAAUUGUCUAAAGCUCAUCGACUGGUGUCAAAGAUGUAACAUACCCUACAACAAUAAGGAGUUCCCCAAAGACCUAUUUGUUCAUUGUGGUGAGCAGAUCAAGUUAUGGCUUGAGGAAGCAUAUUCAUUCUUUGAAAACAUAUGUGUUUUGAACUACAAUGGAGCUAUUCUUCAAAUAGAAAAAUGGCCUGCUUUUCGAAUUGUGGGCUUCUACAUUUGCUCCUCUAUUCAUUUGAAGUGUAUCAGAUGGAAUGAAACCUUCAAUAGACUAAAGCAAAUGAGAGUAUGGGACUGCUCCCAUCUCGAAGAACUUGUUGGGCUACAUAAAAUCAUCACUCUGCAAGACAUGGAUAUAAGCAACUGCCCAAACCUUGUUUUAAUUAUUGGGUUUCCUGAAAACCUUCAGUACUUGGCCAUCGAUAGAUGUUACAAGCUUGAAACUCUCGACAUCAAUGAAACGAAUCUAUCUUCACUUGAGAUUUCUAGUUGUUCAGAUCUGAAAUUCUUAAGAGGAUUGAGAAAGCAAGCCUCCCUCCAUUUCUUGAAAAUAAGCAAAUGUCCUCAACUUUGUCUCGAUGAUGAAUUGCUUCCAGAUAUGUUGAAUCCCAACAAUGUUGAAAUCAGUGCAUGCCCACAACUACAACAAUGCUGCUCAGCCAUGGAGUUUACCUACAACUUGCUGAAAGACUUUGGGAAGGCUAUCAUCAAAUUCAUCUUCGAAAAGGCAUCCGAAAUAGCUGCCAACAAAAUUGUCGGCAUCAUCUCCAAGCGGGAAGGAGAGAAAGCAAGGAUUGAAGCCGUGGAAUCGGAUCUCAUGAAACUCAAAAGAACUAGGAAACGGAUCAGGGCCCUUGACAGCGAUGCCGAACAGCGUCGUUACAUCGAAGACGACAGCGUCCAUUGCUGGCUCCGUGACCUUAACGCCGUCGCCUUCGACAUCCAAGCAUGCAGGCAAAAAGAGACAGAAGAAGUUGUUGCUGAAUUGCUGAAAUUGAAGGGCGGCGAUGGGGUUCAAGUAAUCUCUAUUGUGGGUUGUUGUGGGUCUGGUAAGACUUCACUUGCUCGCAAUAUCCUUAAGGAUGCUCGAAUUGAAAAUCAUUUUAAUCCGAGGAUUUGGGUUAGUCUGUCCGAGAACUAUGACCUGAUCAGAACUAUAAAGGAGGUGAUCAAAGCAGUACAGGAGGGAAAUGAGUGCCAUGAUUCCACUUUAGAUUUGCUUCAACAUCAUCUUAAGCGUAUUAUUUCAAACAAAAGAUUCCUACUGGUUCUGGAUAACAUGUGGAGUACAGAUUUUGACUUUUUGGAGAAGCUACGAACCCCUUUGAUGUUUGCAGCAGAAGGAAGCAAAAUUCUAGUUACCACGCAGAAUGAAGACGUUGCAAAUAGAAUGCAAACUGAAUAUGCAUUACGUUUACGAGGUCUAUCUUCUGAUGAUGGUUGGCGGCUCUUUCAGGAUCUUGUAUUCACAGAGGACUCAGAACUGGAAGCUAUUGGUAGAGAUAUUGUGAAGAAGUGCCAUGGUUUUCCAUUAGCAAUAAAAGCUAUAAGUAGCCUUUUGUGCUCUGAAACAAAUCCAGACCAGUGGCAGCUGCUAUCAGACGAAUUGUUGGAAAAUGAGGAAGCUGCAGAAGCUAUUAUACAAAGUUUAAAGAUCAGUUAUGAUCAUCUGCCUUUAAAGCUUAAACAAUGUUUUGCCUUCUCUUCCACAUUCCCAAAAGAUUAUGAAUUUGAUAAGGAUGAGUUAGUCAGGCUAUGGAUGGCUGCGAAGUUAAUAAAGAGCAAGAGGAAAGGAAGCAUGCAAUUUGAAGAUCUUGGUGAAAGAUACUUUGAUAAUCUGCUGAAGCGAUCAUUCUUCCAAGCAUCUGAUAGUAAUAUUAAUGGUAGUAGAAAGUACAAGAUGCCAUCAUUGAUCCAUGAAGUAGUGCAUCUUCUUUAUAUCAGACAUGAAAGUAUAAGAGUAAAUCAGGAUGACACUAUACAUGGCGAAUCAGGAAUGGCUCGCUAUGGAUUAUUAUAUCAACCUGAUAAGCAGUCGGUAAAAUUUAAUGAGAUGUUUAAGAACAAAGGUCUUCGAGCACUCAUGCUGUAUGGUAAAAAUGGGGAACUCCUGAAGGACGACUUAAUAGAUCUAUUUGAAAAACUAAGGUUUCUACGCUUACUGGAUUUGAGUAGCAGCUGUCUUGAGGAUCUUCCAGAUUCUGUUUGCAAUUUGAUUCUUCUACGUUACCUUAGUCUGCAUGGCACAAACAUAAGAAGAUUACCUGAGACAAUAGGCAAAUUGUACCAUCUUCAGACAUUGCAACUAGGCAAUUGCAUUCAAAUUCAUGAAUUGCCAGAUUCCAUUGGUGAUUUAAAAUUUCUCAGGCACCUUGGACUUCAUAGUACCAGCAUACGGAUGCUACCUGAAACUGUAAGCAAUCUUUUGAAUUUGCGAACCUUAGAACUUGGAAACUGUUACAAGCUAGAAAUGUUACCAAAAGGCCUGAAAAACUUAGUUCACCUGCGACAUAUUGGUUUGCAGCUUGAUUGGGAUAGUUGGGAUCGACAAAUUGAUAUCAUUUCCAUGCCGCCUGGUAUUGGAUGUUUAAAAUUAUUAAGACACUUGUCAAGAUUUGCUGUGGGAUCAAAGCCCGAGUGUGGCUUAUUAGGAGAAUUGAAGGACUUAAACCUCCGUGGCAAACUUUGCAUCACUAGACUUGAAAAUGUAGUUAGUGUCAAUGAUGCAGAGGCAGCCAAUUUAAGUGGCAAACGGUACAUUGAUUCUUUGAUGUUGAGAUGGAGUGAUGUUGCAUCCACAAAAUCAAAAAAUUUGCCUGAAGAAGAUGUGAUUGAUCGACUCCAGCCUGAUGAGAAUCUCAAGCAUUUGUGUGUAGAAAAUUACAAUGGAAAGGAAUUUCCAAAUUGGAUUGGAAAUCCAUCUUUCCUGAAGUUAGAAAAAUUGGAACUAAUCAAUUGUAAACUCUGUUCUUCUCUCCCAUCUGUGUGGAAUCUGCCUUCACUGAGGACUCUCCAUUUAAAGAGUCUGCAUGGAGUGAAAAACUUAGGCAAUACUCUUUCAGGGUUUAAAAAUUUAGAAACACUUGAUUUGUCUGAUAUGCCUAAUCUGGAAAGCUGGUUUAUAGGAGCAGGUCUGAUGAGUUGCCUUACUGCUCUGUCCGUUUCUGAUUGUCCCAAUUUGGAAUGGCCGUCAUACCUCCCAUCUAGCAUUGCAACGUUUGAAUUGAGGAACUGUCAAAAAUUUUCUGUUAGUAGUAUUCUCCUAAACCUACAGGAUUUACUGCUGGAAAAUGACAGAGGAUCAAGGCUCAGAUGGGUUCAGCAGCUCACCUCUCUUACCUCAUUAACUCUUUCAAAACUCUCAGUAAUUCAAGAUGAGUGCACAGGACUUUUCGAAUGUCUGUCUUCUCUUAAAAAUUUGAAAGUUCAGGAAUGUAAUGAUCUUGAUUCCAUUGAUGGAUUGACAAAUCAUUCUUCUCUAGAAUAUCUAGAGAUUUAUUCUUGCUCUCAACUUACAAAGAUCGAUCUCCCAAAAAAUCUCAAGGAAUUUCGCAUUUAUCUCUGCCCUAUGUUGGAGUCACUACCACAUGAACUGCAUCUUUUGUCUUCGCUUCAUGUUGUGGAGAUUCACUCAGUGUCGCUUGCCUCUAUUCCCAAAUUACCUGAUGGUGUGAAAACGUUGGUAAUCAAAGAAUGUUCUAUGCUAAGAAGACGGUGCGAAGAGAAUGGCGUUGAUUGGCCUAACAUACAACAUAUACCCCAUAUUCAAGUCGACCAAGAUCCUAGGCAACCAUUCUCAUGUUUUCAGUUUUUCCAGAUCUACCCGUCUGUUCUCCUUUCUGCGAACAACUCACAGAUGGAACGAGUCGUCGAUGUCGUCGGGGGAAAGAUAAUCGAAAUAGCCAUCGAUAAGUUUUCUGGCAUCUAUUCCAACCGGCGAGCAGAGGAAGCGAGGCUUCAAGCCGUGGAAUCGGACCUCCAGAAGCUCAAUAGUACGCGGGAACGUAUAUUGGCUCUUCUCAGCGACGCCGAAGAGCGACGGUACAUCGAAGAUGAUAGCGUACUUCGCUGGCUCCGUGACCUCAAAGCUGUCGCCUUCGACGCCGAAGACGUUUAUGACGAGUUCCGAACCUACGAGACACUCUCCGAAACCCCGAUUGAUCGCAGGGGAAAGUGUUGGAGGGAAUUUGAUCGGCGAGAUUUCGCCGAUCGGAUUCAAAAGAUAAGGGAGGAGUACGAGAGGAUCGUAAAGGAGAAGAAAGAUCUCCGGCUUCAAAGAGGAGAAGCGGUGAGGAGAUUUAACCCACAAAGAGGGCAAUAUCACCGUCAGGAGGGGUCUCUCCAAGAUGACGAACGAUUUCAUGGCAGACAAGAAGAGAAGAAUUUUUUUUUUGAAGAAUUACUAAAUUUUAGUUGCAGUGACAACGUUCAAGUGAUCUCUAUUGUGGGUUCUUGUGGGUCUGGUAAGACAUCACUUGCUCGCAACAUCUUUCGAGUUGUCGGCCUUGUGCAGAAAUUAAAAGACGGUUGCUCAAAAAACUAUUUUGAUCUGCGGAUUUGGGUUAGUUUGUCACCAAACUUUGAUCUGGUCAAAACUAUAAAGGAGGUGAUCAAAGCGGUAGAGAGAAGGGAGUGCCAUGAUUCCACCUUAGAUUUGCUUCAAUAUCAUCUCAAGAAUAUCAUUACAGGGAAAAGAUUCCUACUUGUGUUGGAUAACUUGUGGAGAGACGAUUUUGACUUUUGGGAGAAUCUACGAAUCCCUUUAAUGGAUGGAGCUGAAGGAAGCAAAAUUCUAGUUACCACGCAGAAUGAAAACGUUGCAAGAAGUAUGCAAACGGUGCAUAAAUUAUGUUUACAAGGUCUACCAGUAAAUGAUGGUUGGCUACUCCUUCAGGAUCUAGUAUUUUCAAAGGAUGAACGAAUCAAAGUUUUCACAGAGCAACCAAAACUGGAGGAUAUUGGUAAAGAUAUUGUGAAGGAGUGCCAAGGUUUUCCAUUAGCAAUAAAAGCUAUCGGUAGCCUUUUGUACUCUGAAACAGAUGAAAACCAGUGGGAGCUGCUUUCCCAAGAAUUGAUGGAAAAUGGGAAAGUUGCAGGUACUAUUAUUCCAAUUUUAAAAACCAGCUAUGAUCAUCUCCCUCUGCAUCUUAAACAUUGUUUUUCCUUCUGUUCCACAUUUCCAAAGGAUUAUGAGUUUGGUAAGGAGGAGUUGGUCAAGUUAUGGAUUGCUUUGGACUUAAUUAAGAAUAGUUCGCGGAUACAAAUGGAGGAUAUUGGUGAAAGGUACUUUGAUGAUCUUUUAUGGAGGUCUUUCUUCCAAGCCUGUGAUAGCAGUAUGAAAGAUAGCCGUAUGUACAAGAUGCCAACUGUGAUCCAUGAACUAGCGCAUCAUCUUUUUAGAUAUGAAAGUUUAAGAAUAAAUCAGAGUGUAACUGAACAUGGUGAAUCAGGAACAGCCCGCUACGCCUUAUUAUGUCAGGAUGAUAAGCAGUCGGCAACAUUUAAUAAGAUGUUUGAGAACAAAGGCCUGCGAGCACUUGUGUUAUGCAGUAGAAAUGGGGUACUCAUGAAAGAGGUCUUAAUAGAUCUAUUUGAGAAAAUAAGGUUUCUACGCUUACUGGAUCUGAGUAGCAGCUGCCUUGUGGAGCUUCCAGAUUCAGUCUGCAAUUUGAUUCUUCUACGUUACCUAAGUCUGCAUGGCACAAACAUAAAAAGAUUACCUGAGACAAUAGGCAAAUUGUACCAUCUUCAGACAUUGCAACUAGGCAAUUGCAUUCAAAUUCAUGAAUUGCCAGAUUCCAUUGGUGAUUUAAAAUUUCUCAGGCACCUUGGACUUCAUAAUACCAGUAUACGGAUGCUACCUGAAACUGUAAGCAAUCUUUUGAAUUUGCAAACCUUAGAACUUGGAAACUGUUACAAGCUAGAAAUGUUACCAAAAAGCCUGAAAAACUUAGUUCACCUGCGAUAUCUUGGUUUGCAGCUUGAUUGGGAUAGUUGGGAUAGACAAAUUGAUAUCAUUGCCAUGCCCCCUGGUAUUGGAUGUUUAACAUCUUUAAGACACUUGUCAAGAUUUGCUGUUGGAUCAGAAGCCCAGUGUGGCUUAGGAGAAUUGAAGGAGUUAAAACUCCGUGGCAAGCUUUGCAUCAGUAAACUUGAAAACGUAGUUAGUGUCAACGAUGCAGAAGCAGCCAAUUUAAGUGGCAAACGGUACAUUGAUUCUUUGAUGUUGAGAUGGGGUGAUGCUGCAUCCACAGAAUCAAAAAAUUUGCUUGAAGAAGAUGUGAUUGAUCGACUCCAGCCUCACAAGGAUCUCCACAAUUUAUACGUAGAAAAUUACAAUGGAAAGAAAUUUCCAAAUUGGAUGCGAGAUCCAUCUUUCUUGAAGUUGGAAACAUUGAAACUCAUCAAUUGCAAAAUGUGCUCAUCUCUCCCAUGCGUGUGGAAGCUGCCUUCACUGAAAACACUCCAAAUAAAGGGUCUGCAUGGAGUGGAAAGGUUUGGCACUGUGCUUUCAGGUUUUGAAAAUUUAGAAACACUUGAUGUGUCAGAUAUGCAUAAUUUGAAGAGCUGGUUUCGUAUUGGAGAUGGCCCAAUGAGUUGCCUUACCGCUCUGUACAUUUCUGAUUGUCCCAAUUUGGAAUGGUUGCCAUAUCUCCCACCUAGCAUUAAAACAUUUGAGUUGAGGAACUGUCAAAAUUUGCGUGUUCUUAAUAGUCUCCCAAACCUACAGGAUUUAGUUCUGGAAAGUGACCGUGGAUCAAGACUCAGAUGGGUUCAGGAUCUAACAUCUCUUACUUCAUUAACCCUUUCCAAACUCUCACAAAUUCAAGAUGACCACAAAGGAAUUUUCAAAAAUCUUACUUCUCUCAAACAAUUGAAAAUUCAGGAAUGUUAUGAUCUUUAUUCAAUUGAUGAAUUACCUGCUGGCGUGGAAAAGUUGGUAAUCAAAGAAUGCCCUGUGCUAAGUAGACGGUGCCAAAAGAAUGGUGAUGAUUGGCUUAACAUACAGCACAUUCCCUAUAUUCAAGUUGACCAAACUGAAAAUCGUGAUGGCAUUUCUCUGGAAAAGCAUCCAUCCACUCUAUCUCAGUUUGUCAUGAAUUACUUAUUUACAUGGAAAAAAGGCAGCAGCGAAAAGUCCUAAUCACAUGGUGAAGAUGAAGUCUAUAUUCAAAUAGGUACCUGUACCUGAACUCUUAUCCUAUUCCUUCAAGAGCAGAAAGCCUCUCCAUAUCAAUUGUAAAUGGAGCAGCUCAGUUUUUAGAAUGGCUACAGGAAGCCUUUACUCACCUAUGAUUCUAUCAAGUGAUGUUGUUAUGUUACGUUUCGUCUACUUUUUGGUAAAUUUUGGUGUCAAGAAUCAAGAAGCUCAUACUGUUCAGAAGAAAACUUUUUGUCAAUUAAAUGUUGCAUGAACUGUUUGCUUUAAUUGAUAUCGAUGAUCAGUUGAAUGGAAAUUGAUGGUAGCUUUUCUUUGAUUA